GAGGGAAAGCGGAAUCUACACCUUCCGCGCUAGCGGUAGCAACUGCAGAACUGCAGGAGACAAUCUUUCUAGACAAGGCAGUUGAGAAGGAGGGAGCGUUUGGAGGUGGGCUUGGCUUGGCGUGCACUGCGCACCUCGGGAACGUUAUUGCGCGUGGAACGUCUGCUUUUGGCAGACUAUUGCCCAGAAGAAAAGAUGUUUGGUUUUCACAAGCCAAAGAUGUACCGAAGUAUAGAGGGCUGCUGUAUUUGCAGAGCUAAAUCCUCCAGUUCUCGAUUCACUGACAGUAAACGCUAUGAAAAGGACUUCCAGAGCUGUUUUGGGUUACAUGAGACUCGUUCAGGAGACAUCUGUAAUGCCUGUGUCCUGCUUGUGAAAAGAUGGAAGAAAUUGCCAGCAGGAUCAAAAAAAAACUGGAAUCAUGUGGUAGAUGCAAGGGCAGGACCCAGUCUAAAGACUACACUGAAACCAAAGAAAGUGAAAACUCUAUCUGGAAACAGGAUAAAAAGCAACCAGAUCAGUAAACUGCAGAAGGAAUUUAAACGUCACAAUUCUGAUGCUCACAGUACCACCUCAAGUGCCUCUCCAGCUCAAUCUCCUUGUUAUAGUAACCAGUCAGAUGAUGGCUCAGAUACAGAGAUGGCUUCUGGCUCUAACAGAACGCCAGUGUUUUCCUUUUUAGAUCUCACAUACUGGAAAAGACAGAAAAUAUGCUGUGGCAUUAUCUAUAAAGGCCGUUUUGGGGAAGUCCUCAUUGACACACAUCUAUUCAAGCCUUGCUGCAGCAAUAAGAAAGCAGCUGCUGAGAAGCCGGAGGCGCAGGGGCCAGAGCCUCUGCCCAUCUCCACUCAGGAGUGGUGACUGAGGUUUAUGUAGAAGGGGAACAAAAAAUGAUUUAAAUUUUGGAAAACACCAACAAAAUGACCUUCCUAUUUUUAACUUGGAUAUCUGUUAUUCUGCCAAAAGAUGAUUUCUAGAAUAGUUUUGAGUGGGUUAUUUUCCCUCCAGUUCCACAAAGUCUGAAGCCAGUAUCUAGCUUACUAAAAGAAAAAGAAGUGUACAUAAUAUUUAAGAUGCUGAGUAUUUCAUAGGAAAGCUGAAUGCUGCUGUAAAGUGCUCUUUAAGGCUUUUUAAAAAAAUCCCCUUCUAAUGAAUGAAAUUAGGGGAAUUUCAGGGGACAGAGAUGGGAUUUGUUGUAUGAUAAACGUAUGUAGUUUUAGUCUUUCUAUAUUGAGAAGCAGUGGUUGGGGCAUUUUUUAAGAUGGCUGGCUACACUUGUUUUCCUUCGUUAUAAUAAAUUUGUCAUAACUCAGUAAACACAGACUUGCCCCUAGAGGUAGCUGUUAAUAACUUUGAAAUAUUAAGGUGUUGCCAAGGUUCUGAUGAUUCAAACCUGUACUACUGAAUAUUAAGCAGGACGGACUAAGCUCUCUAGUGCGAAUAUCUUGAAGGAGUAAUUUCUAAAUAUACAGAGGUAACUUGACUGCAUAUGUCGCAUCCUGUGUCACCUCCCCCCAUAUUGAUAUUUGAUAAAGUUUUUAAUUUAUAUGAAACUUCUAAAGCAGAAUCAAAGUUCCUCUUGGGGAAAUGUCAAAUCUUUAGGAUAGGCAAUCCUAUAUGAAUAGUACCAAAGCAUUACCCCUUGGUAGAGAAUGCACUCUAUUAAAAAUGUUAAAUUAUCUGAAAAAUAAAAUGUGCAAGUCUUCAGGAUGGCACAUGAAAAACACAAAGGUUAAUGCUUCUUGGGGCACAUUUCUUAGAGGGCUUGCAAGUGUGUAAAUAAUUUGUUUAUGUUACAUGACUGGUGACUUCAUUGAAAAUCUGCACAAUUCAGUUUUAGCUCUGGAUUACUUCGGUUGACCUUUGUGAAGGUUUUAUCUGUGUAGAAUGGUUGUUUGACUUGUUUUAACCUAUUAGGGUUUUGGGUUUUGGGUUUUUGUUUUUUAUUUUUCAUUCUAUAUUAAAGUAAAAUUCUACUAAAAGAAAAGAGGUGUGUGUUAAUGCUGAGUGGGUUGGUUUUGGUUUGGUUUCUUUUAGUCAGGCUUUCUGAACAUUGAGGUGUUAGAUGAUACAUCCUAAACGUGGAGCUCUUCAACUGUAAAACCUUCAUUAAAAGCCUUUUACUUGAACCCAAACCAAAGUACUAUCUAUUGCCUCUUUUCUAAAAGUUCAGGAAGAAUAUAUCACCAGUUCAGACUUUUCAUAAUGCGGGAGGAUCAUUUGCCUACCUUGUAAUAACAUGACUCAGUGCUUAUUUUUAAAACUGGAUUUUAAAGAUUGGAUAGUAUAAAUAACAAGAAGGAGUGAGCCAAUUUUUAUGGGUACCCUAUAGUUUUAUAGUUCUUAAUCUAAACUUAAAAUUUUAUAUUUCUUCCUUUGGAAAAAACUACAAGCCACCAUAUGCACAGACUACAUAGUGAGUUGGGUCAGCUCUCCCACAGACUUCGAGGUGUAUUACCAGAAUCCCAGCCAUUAUCAUCUUCCUCCUGAGUUAUUUUGAAAUGGUUUUUCUCUCUCUCUUUUUUUUUUGUACAUUUUGGCUGCAGUAUUGGUGGUAGAAUAUACUAUAAUAUGGAUCAUCUCUACUUCUGUAUUUAUUUAUUUAUUACUAGACCUCAACCACAGUCUUCUUUUUCCCCUUCCACCUCUCUUUGCCUGUAGGACGUACUGUAUGUAGUCAUGCACUUUGUAUUAAUAUAUUAGAAAUCUACAAAUCUGUUUUGUACUUUUUAUACUGUUGGAUACUUAUAAUCAAAACUUUUACUAGGGUAUUGAAUAAAUUUAGUCUU